CGCAUCGUCGAGAGCCGUCGAGAGUGUACCUAUUGUAACCGAGGACAGUUAAAACCGUUGGUGGCGCGCCCUCCCCCGGACCUCCUCCCCACCCCUCUCCGACGUCCCACUGUCGUUUGAGCCGUUAAAGCGCGAACCUAACCUGAUCCGUGUAGCCCGAUAGCGUCCUUAUUGGAGUUUUCGGGGCCAGAGGCUUUCGUUUCGAAUUUAAAGGUCCGGGGGGCCACGGAUCGCGGCGUGGAGUGUGUUAUGCCAAGCUGUGGUGUGCCUGUGCGUAUAAGGAACUGAGGGACAAACUCUCUGAGCGGCAACUCUAAAGGCAUCCCCCCCCGGAGAGAUGGAUCCCGCGACGGUGAUAGCUCUCUGCAAGGAGAACAUCCAGCCGUUGAGGUACGGGCGGAAUGCCACUCAAUUGGGAACCGCACUGAGGGCGCAGGAGGACGCGGAUGCACAGCAGCUGUUGCUGCAGGAGAAGCAAAUGUACGAGGAUGCAAUUAAGAAUUACGAAGGAGAAGAUCCUUUAGAGAAUUGGUAUGAAUACAUUCUCUGGGUGGAACAGAGUUACCCGAAAAGUGGACACGAAUCCCACAUUGGGAGACUCUUGCAGCAGUGUUUAGCGAUAUUUGAAAAGGAUUUGAAGUAUCAUCAAGAUCGUAGAUACAUACGUUUGUGGAUUAAUUAUAUAAGUAUGCAAAAGAAUCCUUUGGAGCUGUACCAGCUGUUGCACAGUAAUGGUAUUGGAACUAGAGUAGCGGACAUGUACAGGGCCUGGGCUUUCGAAUUAGAGCAAAUUGAGGACGACAAACGCGCGGAUGAAGUUUACUUGAUGGGACUAUCUGUUCAUGCGGAACCAUACGAGGAAUUAAGCCACGCUCACCAAAACUUUCAAUUUGCCGUGGCGCGCAAGACACUCGGACGUAUCGAGGAAAGAAACGCCGUUUCCUUAUACGAACAACGUCAGGCUUUCAGUUCACUGAGAGCGAUAAGAGCUGGUAAAAGAAUCGGCAGCGUACGGACGGGUCAUCGCGUGCGCGAUUACUGUCCCGGAACUGUGCCCCAAAUCUCGUCUUCUAUGCAGAACACAAAGCCCAAUUCUAAAAUACAAAUAUAUCAAGAUGACAUACCUGGAGAAAUGAAGGGUUCAAGUAUAUUAGAUCACGUACCUAUAGAAGAUACGGUACAUAAGGAAAACACCAUCAAGCCUGGACCAUGGAACAGCGGAAGCAAGAGAGGUCCAUUAAUAGCUCCUACUGUAAAAGCGGGCUUUAAGAUUCACGAAGAUCGGAACGACGACAUGGAGAAAAUUAAAUUGUUCCCAAAUCACGUACCUUUUUUUGACGGUAGUAAAUGUCACGACUGUUUAAGAGUGCCGGUAUAUGUAGCGGAGCCAAUAGAUCCAAAUAUUGUACAAAAACCACAUUAUCCCAAAGAGUUAGUUUAUGCCGAUAAUGCCGACCGUAGUAUGGAAGAAAUUAGAGCGCAGCUCUAUUUGGAAAGAAGAGCGCAGUUUCUGGAAAACAAACAUGAAAUGUCGAUGGUUUGUUUACGUGGAACCGAUGGAGAAUCUCAGUCCCAGCUCAAUAAUUACGAAAACAUGUAUCAUCUACAAGAGAUAGAAGAGCAGAAGCUCAAUCAGCAAAGAAGAGAAGCCGAGAUUAGUAGGCAGAGACUCCAAGCCGAGCAACAAGAGCUGCAAAGGCAGCAGUACGAGGUCGAGAGUCAGGUUUUGGAGACUCAACGGCAGGAAGCCGAGCAAAGAGAAUUGGAAAGAUUAGAGAACGAGAGAAUUGAAGCUGAGAGACUCGAGGCGCAACGAAUGGAAGCGGAAUUGAAUACGCAACGGAAGCUACAGUCGACGAACUUUAUGCACCAGCAUCACACCACGUCGUUGGCCGUUGAAACUGAGGAACACUUGCUCGGGCAGAGCCUUACUGUAAACACGAAGGAAGCUAUUUCGGUCGUUCAAGGUUUGUGGCAAUCCCCGGAUGCGAAUUCGCGCUUUCGUAGCCCACCUGUCGCAUCCAGAAUGGUAGAUUCGAGGAACAAAUUGCCGUUUGACAUACACAUGGAUAGCUCUAUGACUCAACAUGCGAUGUCCAGUAAUAAGCAUCAUCAGGGAUACAAUUUGCAGGUUUAUAAUGAUCAAGAGAAUCAUCAAAGUUAUCAUACGCAGCAUCAUAGUUACUCUGGUCAGGAUCAGCACGUUGCAUAUGGGAAUCACAAUUUGCAAAACAGUUAUCAUUAUCAGAUGCAGCAACAUGAUCAUCAAGUACAGCAGCCGCAUCAUCGGCAGCACCAUCCCCAACAUCAGCACCAUCAGCAGUUGAUGUCACCGCAUCAGCAAAUGCACGCUGUGCAUCAUCAGCCUCUUUCUCAUCCACAGCAUCUACAAUCGCCUCACAGCCAAAUGCCGCAUCAUCAGCCACACAUUCAUCAGUCUCCGCACGGCCAUCAUCACCAGUCCCCGCACGGUCAUCAUCAUCAGUCCCCGCACAAUCAUCACCAUCAGUCUCCGCACAAUCAUCACCAGUCGCCACACAAUCAUCAUCAGUCGCCACACAAUCAUCAUCAGUCGCCGCACAAUCAUCAUCAGUCGCCGCAAAAUCAUCAUCAGUCGCCGCACAAUCAUCAUCAGUCGCCGCAAAAUCAUCAUCAGUCGCCGCACAAUCAUCAUCAGUCGCCGCACAAUCAUCACCAGUCGCCGCACAAUCAUCACCAGUCGCCACACAAUCAUCAUCAGUCUCCGCACAAUCAACAUAUUUUACAUUCUCAGCAACCGCAACACGUGCAUCAACAUAUGCAACAUAUGCAGCAUCCCGUUUACGGUAACAUGUUACCCAACGAUAUCGGCUAUCAGCAAUACCCGACGUCAAUGGAGGCCCCUAUGCUACAGCAGAAUGUAGAACCGCAGAAACAGUUACAUUUCUCUCCUUACACCGAUCCUGACAUUGAGACGAGCAAACCGUACAGAAUGCCGCCCGAGUUACCCUACAUCAAAUCGCCCGGGAUGAAUCGCAAAGAUAUCAAAUAUCUCGAAAGCGCGGAAGACAAAGAGAACGCUAUCGUUGUGGAUUACAAUGGUCCACUAGAAGAAAAUAUGAUACCCAAACCGGACGAGAAUAAUCUUUAUAUUGACGAAAGCUUGGGUAUAACUCCUCUCUCGGCUGUUAACGAGACGUGCUUCACAGAAGCCUUUAAUGCACCGUUAACGAGCUCCACGCCAAUGACCAAUAAUUUCAAGCCAUCAACCGUACAGCCGUACAAAAUAAAAGAUGACUUUUCAAAUCAGAAUAUUGUAUCUCAACCAAUUCCAGAGGCUCCUAAUGCCGAAGGUGAUGAUAAAUUAAGCGUGAUAUUAGAAUCUACACGAGAAUAUGUAUCAAGCAGUUCAGGGAGCAGUAAUUAUACUAAAACAACUGGAUUGACCUUUGCAUUAACGAGAGAAGAUAUGAUCCCUUUUAAAGAACAACCCGUGGAUACAAUUGUAGAAGAGGAGUCAAACGAAUCUCUGUUGUCCGUGAAUCAACCUUACGAACAAAAGCAGUACGCGCAAAUCCAAGCUGUGCACGCUCAAAGUCCGCGUACGGUACAACGGCAUGUCGAUCAAAUCACAUCCGAGAUACAGAAUAAUUGCGAUCUCAGAAAGUCCAUAAAUUUAAAACUCAAUGAGGAGGACAAUUCAAAAAAAGUUGACAUCAUGGAGUGCGAGGAGCACGAACCUAUGGAACAAGUGGAGGAAGAGUGUUUCGAGUUGCCGUCGAGAGAUAUAAAUCCAUUCGAUAAGAACUUGAUAGCUGGCCUAUUGAAAAAGAUAAAGUUUCCACAACCCCAUCAUGCAGAUGGAUACAAAAGAAUAGAUAUCAAUCUAAAUAAGCUUGUGCCUUCUACCACGCUUACGCUUGAUACCGAAGCGUAUGAUUUGGAAAAGUGCCUUGGGAAAGGAAUGUAUGGAACAGUUUUUAAAGCAUCCAAUUUGCAAACAGGCGAGACUGUUGCCCUUAAAAUACAAAGGCCUGCUUGGGUUUGGGAAUAUUAUAUCACACGAGAGAUAAGAACACGUCUUACAAAUCCACACAUGUUACGCGGUUUUAUGGAUGUGACGAUGGCAUAUGUGACGAACAAUGGAAGUAUACUAGUUUCAGAAUACUCUAAAUUCGGAACAUUAUUAGAAGUGACGAAUCAGAUAAAAAUUGCCACUGGCAAGCCUCUGAUGGAAACUUUAACUAUUUUCUUUACAAUUGAAAUGAUUCAAAUCAUAGAGUACUUACAUAAAUGCCAAAUAAUACACGGGGACAUAAAGCCAGAUAAUUUCUUAUUAAUGCGACCACCUACGGAAGAUGUAAGGCCAACUAUACAGCUGAUAGAUUUCGGAUGUAGCAUAGACAUGAAACUAUUGCCAGAAAAUACAACGUUUACGCAAGUUAUAAAAACGGAAGAUUUCACUUGUAUCGAGAUGCAAACUGGAAGACCAUGGACAUAUCAGACUGAUUUAUAUUGUCUAGCGGCGACCAGUCAUUGUUUACUGUUUGGCAAUUACAUGAGAGUAUCUAACGUGAGCGGCCGUUGGUUUAUUUCCUCGAAAUUACCAAGGUACGCUAAGAAAGCUGCUUGGGAACAAUUUUUCACGGAGCUGUUAAAUAUUGAGUCGUGUGAGAAAAUGCCCGAUCUGGCGAAAUUGAGGAAUAUGAUGGAGGAGACACUGGCGAUAAUGCCAGAGGUGCAUGCGAAAUUUCGGACUUUAGUCAACAUCCUCAACAAACGAUAACGCUUGCUGUAUCCGAUGAUAUGUCCCAAUGUGUGCACAUAUUUAGCAAAGAACCAACGUGUAAUAAGGAACUUUAAUGUUAUUGUGCUAUUUAUUAUAAAGAAGUUAAUACUACAGUGAGAUAAAGUAUAUGUAUCUACACAGUUAUAAUACAUGAGAAUGCACUUUACGGCCUGCUUCGUGGAGGCUUUAUCGAUAUUCGUUGCUUGCACAUAAUCAACAUUAUUAGGACCAUUGUGCAACGAGUCUAACCCCUCCAAAAAUUGUUUCAGAAACUUACAGAGAGAUAUGCGGAAGAUUUAUACACGGUAGAGAUUUUGGAAAUGUACUUGUUAUCUCUCAAACAGCGUAUUGCGCUCGCUACGCAAGUUACGUACGAAUGGUGUUGUAUGAUAUAAUGAUUAAAACAGGAAAAGCCACAGAAAAAUUUGAAUCUGUAAAAAAUGAAUAGUACAAUAUGCGUGUGAUACAGUAUAGAUCCAAUUUGCAAGAUGGUAUGCAGAAGUGCAUGCAUAAUACUGAGUACUUGAGUACCUUGUAUAGAUAAUUAAUGUAUAUGUAAACAUUGUAUAUUUAAAAUAGAUCUUGACCUUAAGCCGUUUGAUUCCUGUUGUCAAAGGGUCAUCUUGCUUUCCAAUAUUCUUCGAAAUGUACGAAAAAAAUAUACCGUGUCAAUGAUGUUAACCGAUUAUUUUAAACAUUCUUCCCAAAUACACCAUUACUCAUGCAGAGCAGUAUAAUUUUAUUGCAAAAAAACGAAAAAAAAAAAACGGCGGCCACACACAUGACCAACGUGUAUUAUGUAAGCGAUGCAGGUUUUAAUUUUGAUAUGUGCAGGCUUAUUUUCGAGUGUCCACUAAACAGGCCUUUUUAUGUAGUAUACGUUUAAGUUAAGACUUCCUAAAAUAUAUGCGUAUGUGUAUGACACAAUCGACGGAAGCGUUGGAGGUUGCGUUUCGAUCUUAGAUUUUAUAAAGAUACGCAAGAACUUUUGGUUGUCUCUUCGAAUAUUAAUAUUAAAUUUAAAUAAUUUAUUAAUAUUAAUAUUAAAUUGUAUAUAUACAUACACACCGGGACCAGUGUAUGUGUACGUUUAAAUAAACCGUAAUCGACAACCUAUCGUUCUUGUUUAAAAAUUUAUGAGAAUAUGCCUUAUUUUAACGGUGUAAUUUAACGAACAAGAAUGAUGUUCAGAUAAGAGCCCGCGUACAAAGCUUUAAGAUUAAAAAACAGUUGAGACAUUGUAAGAUACAUUUAUUAAAAUCGAUAACACCAAGAUACAGAUGUAUAUAUAUUUCGAUUUACCUUUGAUUGCUAAAAAAAAAAAAAAUCUUGUUACAAGGUAUUGCGCUCGCUACGCAAGUUACGAAGGAAUGGUGUUGUAUAUAAUGAUAUGUAUGAUAGUGAAAUAUUCAGUCAACGUUAAUUUUGAGCAUG